CCAGAGAGUCGUUGGUAGAAGUGUGUCUUUUGUCAUAGGAAUUAUAACUCAAAAUGACAUUUGGAUGAGAUUGGGUUGCCUCUAUGGCAAAUAAUAGUCAGCUGCAGGAAGGGUAGUUGGCAUCGUCUUCUGUUUCCAGAAUAAUCAACCCAACUUCUCUUCUCUCUAUCUGUAAACAUGUCAAAAACCAUUUUCUCAGGAGUCCUACUCCACCAAAAUCCUUGAGACUCCGAACCUUUAAACCUCUCUGGAAUUCCAAAGCUUUUGGCAAUUUUAAGCAAAAACCCAUUUAGCAACAAUGGUUUCUCCACCAGUAUCAAUCAUUUUCAUCUUCUUCUUCAUCAUCACUCUUAUCCCACUAAUCCACUCUGUUCCUUUCAUUGUUUUUCAUGGCAUUGGAGAUAAAUGCAGCAACCGAGGAGUCACACUAUUUACUGAGCUCUUAAGCAACUGGUCUGGUUCUCAAGGAUACUGCAUAGAAAUUGGGGAUGGAUCGUGGGAUUCCUGGACUGUGCCCUUAUUGGAACAGACGACCAUUGCUUGUGAGAAGGUGAAAAAUAUAAGUGAAUUAAGUGAGGGUUACAACAUAGUUGGACUUUCUCAGGGUAACAUGGUUGGUCGAGGAGUAGUUGAAUUUUGUGAUGGGGGACCUCCUGUUAAGAAUUUUAUAUCACUAGCAGGUCCCCAUGCUGGUACUGCUUCUAUUCCAUUUUGUGGAUCCGAAUGGAUUUGUGUGCUUCUGGACAGCUUAAUCAAGUCAGAGAUCUACAGCAGCUAUAUCCAGGAACAUUUGUCUCCAAGUGGUUAUCUUAAAAUCCCUACUGACAUUGCUGCCUAUUUAAAAGGGUGUAGGUUCCUUCCAAGGUUGAACAAUGAAAUAAAUAAUACGAGAAAUUCCACUUAUAAGGAACGGUUUUCGAGCUUAGAGAAGUUGGUACUAAUUAUGUUUGAGCAGGACACUAUAUUGAUACCCAAGGAGACCUCCUGGUUUGGAUAUUUCCCAGAUGGGGCCUUUGAUCCUAUUUUGCCCGCGCAAGAGACCAAGCUGUACACUGAAGACUGGAUUGGCUUGAAAACCUUGGAUGAAGCUGGAAAAGUUAAGUUCAUUAAUGUGUCAGGGGGCCAUCUGCACAUCUCUCGAAGCGACAUGAAAAAGUAUGUUGUGCCAUACUUGGAAGACGAAGCCUCAAUGCAGCCCAAGAUAGCAGAGCCUUCAUCACAUAAAUCAUUUUCAUCCAUCUGGAACAACUUCCUGGAUCUUUUCGGGCUCACAGAGCAUCGGCAAUUGGUGCUGACUGUGGUUUAAUCUGAGUAAGAACACUGGAUAUACAGAAGGCGGCUGUGAAGUGAUUGUUACCGCAUAUGUUGUUUUCAUUUUUAAACGGUAUACUAGAAUGGGACUUCUUGUGUCUGUUUAUUAUGCCUCAUUGGAGAACGGAGAAGUGGGUUUUGCACUGCAGAGAGUGGCAAUUGCAUUUGACGAGGUUCUUCCAAAUGUUACUUCAUAAUUUUUUUU